AUGGCUCCAAACGGAAAAAUGCGCGAGAUCGUCUCGAUUCACAUCGGUCAAGCAGGCGUUCAAAUCGGAAACGCGUGCUGGGAAUUGUAUUGUCUGGAACACGGAAUCACUCCGGGCGGUCUCAUGCCAGAUGACAAGAGUUUCGGAGUGGAGGACCAGUCUUACAACACGUUCUUUUCGGAGACUCCAUCUGGAAAACACGUUCCACGUGCUAUUUUUGUGGAUUUGGAACCAACUGUCAUUGAUGAGGUCCGCACCGGCACCUAUGCCAAACUCUUCCAUCCGGAACAACUGAUCAGUGGAAAGGAAGAUGCCGCAAACAACUACGCCCGUGGUCACUACACGAUCGGAAAGGAACUGAUUGAUGUCGUGAUGGACAGAGUUCGUCGUCUGACUGAAAGAUGCCAAUCUCUCCAAGGAUUCCUGAUUUUUCACUCGUUCGGAGGUGGAACUGGAAGUGGUUUCACUUCUCUCGUUAUGGAGAGAUUAUCGAUUGAUUACGGAAAAAAAGCAAAGUUGGAAUUCAGUAUUUAUCCUGCACCGCAGAUCAGUACAUCAAUGGUCGAACCAUACAACUCACUUCUGACCACUCACACAACUCUAGAACAUUCGGACUGUUCAUUCAUCAUGGAUAACGAGGCGAUUUACGAGAUCACAAAAGUGAAUUUGGGUGUUCGUAGUCCAACAUACACUCAUUUGAAUCGUCUUUUGGCUCAAGUGGUCUCAUCGAUAACUGCUUCGUUGAGAUUCGAUGGAGCGUUGAAUGUCGAUUUGACCGAGUUUCAGACAAAUCUGGUGCCAUACCCUCGUAUCCAUUUCCCACUUGUCACCUAUGCUCCAAUCAUUUCAGCAGAAAAAGCGUAUCACGAGCAACUCUCGGUCUCUGAAAUCACCAACUCUUGCUUCGAACCUGGAAGUCAGAUGGUCAAAUGUGACCCGCGAAACGGAAAAUACAUGGCUUGUUGUCUUCUUUAUCGUGGAGAUGUUGUCCCAAAAGACAUAAACACUGCGAUUUCCACUAUCAAAACCAAAAGAGCAAUUCAAUUUGUUGAUUGGUGUCCAACCGGAUUCAAAGUGGGAAUCAACUAUCAGCCACCUACAGUAGUCCCAGGUGGUGACAUGGCCAAACUGCAAAGAGCAGUCUGUAUGCUCUCAAAUACAACUGCAAUCCAGGAAGCAUGGGCUCGAUUGGAUCAUAAGUUCGAUCUAAUGUACGCGAAGAGAGCAUUCGUUCAUUGGUAUGUUGGAGAGGGAAUGGAAGAAGGAGAGUUUUCGGAAGCAAGAGAAGAUAUGGCUGCGUUGGAGAAGGAUUAUGAGGAGGUCGGAGUGGAUUCAUUCGAUCCAAAUGAUGAGGAAUAUUAG